GAUAAUCGACGAUGACGAGUCGGAAUCCAGGCUUGUCCAGGCCCGGUCUCACGAAGACGCAACAACUGCGGCAGGCGAAAAGUGCCGCUUUGUUAAAGGAAUAUGAACAAAAGGAAAUAGGCAGACAGCAGCAGCAGCCGCCGCCGCAACGACCGGUGGAACCUAGCAGGAGGCGUAGGCAUGUCGAGCCGAAAAGGGUUGAUUUCAGCAAGCCGACUAUGACGAAGGCGAUGAUGGCGCGCGUUAAACACGCGGAGAAGUUCAAGCAGGAGUACGAACGCAAGCAAGAAGAGAUGAUGCCGGUGCGUAGAGUGCCAAGGAGAACACCUGCGCCAGUCAGCGGUGAUCCUAGAUUUGGUAGAGAAAGAAUACCGGCGAGACGCGCACCAACGCCGUCACUACCGGUUUCACCCCCCAGAAGACCCCCGCGUCCGCCGCCGAGUAGAAGAGCGCCGGAAGCACUUCCGCCUAUACCAGAAAAGACUAAAGAACUGGCGAAGUCCAUGAAUGCCCAGGUGAUCCAAGCCGAGCCGGUCGGUGAGGGCCCGAUCGACAGUAUCGUGAUACCGCCGAGAGCGGUGAACGAAAAUCGCACCACUAUCGUUAGCAUCCCUCAGCCACCUGCUGCCGCCGUUGAAGCGCCGGUGUCUCACGUUGCGAAUCGUUCCAUUCAAGUGAUUAGCGAGACUCUCGACGAGCAAGAUGCGGCAGAAGCUGCCGCAGUGCACGGUAAGUUGGAGGACUUGCAGCACGCUAGACGGGAUUUUGUGAUGGCCGUCGCGAAUGUCGGUGGUAACGCCGUGCAACUCGCAGACGAAGAAAAACCUAGAUAUCUCUACAAAAUCCCAGACAUCGAGAGUGAGAUGUUCCGCGUCGAGUACGGCAGGGAGCAUCCGAGCGUCGUGGCAGCUCGCGAAUUCGCGCAGAGAAGCAUGGCCGGCAUCAGGGGCAGAGAAAGGACACGCAGGGCUGAGCAGGAGUUCGAGAGGAUAGCCAGGGAGCCGUUGCCGGAGGACCUGCGCUUCGACGUGCCGUUCAAGGAGGAGUUCUUCCGCGAGGGCGAUAUAUCCUGGGAGGAAGAGGGAGAUCUAGCGCUCCCGUCCAGGAUAAAAACUUCCAUGCGCGAUAUACCGAGACGCGAACCCUACGAGUAUCCACCUUUCGAACCAGAAGAGCUCGAGAGAUUCUUCGACGUGGAGCAAUAUCCGCCCAGUCCGCCGCGCGGACCGCCGCCCGGCCGCGAGCAUCUGCAUCCGGAUCUCUGGGAGCUGGAGGAUCCCUGGGCCAUGUGCGGAGUCUGUCCGCAUUUGGACGAGUCCGAUCUCAUCGAUCUCGAUAGUCCUUGAUCCUUCGUCUGUCGUCUGCGAAUGGAUGAAUCCAGCGGAACCAUUUUCGCUUCUGAGAGAUUUAAUUGAGAUACUCUCGAUUGUUGUCGGGGCAAGGUGCGA